AGAGCGCGCGCAGCCAUGGCUUUUUCUCUCCUCUCCUUCUCCCUUCUCCGCCCUCUCCCCCCUUCCUUCUCCUUCUCCCCCAAAACCCUCCCCUUCCCCCACCCCCACGCCCUCCUCCGCCGCGGUCCGCGCCCCGCCAUCGUCGCCCGGGCCAAGAACAGCGGCUCCGGCGCCGACCCCCCUGAUCGCAUCCUCGCCGCCGCAUGCUACCUCUACCCCUUCCUCGACGGCGUACAGUACGGCCGCUACGUCCUUGCCCAGUUUCCGGCCUUGCAGGUCCUCCUCCAGCCGCUCCUCCCCGCCAUCCGCCUCUUCCGCUCCUCCCCCCUCAAUGGCUUCCUCCUCUUCCUCACCCUCUACUUCGCCAUCGUCCGGAACCCCUCCUCCUUCAGCCGCUACGUCCGCUUCAACACCAUGCAGGCCAUCGUCCUCGACGUCCUCCUCAUCUUCCCCGACCUCCUCGAGCGCACCUUUAAUCCACGCCAAGGGCUCGCCCUGGAUCUCCUCCAGAGCGUCGACAGCACCAUCUUCUUCUUCCUCCUCAUCUCCUUGGUAUAUGGAUCGACUUCCUGCCUCCUGGGCCAGAUCCCCAGGCUGCCCAUCGUCGCCGAGGCUGCCGAGCGCCAGGUCAUGUGAGUUUGCCGCUCCUCUGCUCUGUUCUACCCCUUCACCUUAGGAAAGUUUCGAUCUUUUUAACAUUUUUCUUCUCUUUUUUCUGGGGAUCCUCUAAUUAGUGAUCUGGGUUAGCUCUUGAUGGUGGUUUGAAACUCGAAGGAGGGGAAUUGGUUUGUGCCUGUUGAUUAAGCUUAAAAAUGAACACUGAAAAAAAAUGUUGCUCUUGGGGUAGAGAUUGGGUGGAGUUGGGAAGUGGGUUGGAUUAUGGUACUGUUAGUUCUGCGCUGGUGGUUCAUGGAUUUCAUACUCUAAAUUAAAAAUUCACUUCUUUUGUUCGUAACCGUUGGGGAAACCUCUUCCCCUUACUAAUAGAAGUGAAAAUUUCAGGGCUUGGCAUUUGUCUUUUGCUUGGA